UUGCAUUUUAGUUUUGCGGGCUAAACGGUCACACUGUGCUGCUAAAGCAAUUUUUUCGCAUUAUUCACUUUUUAGUUAAACUUGCAAAAUGCUUUUGCGUUUUGGCAAAGUGAAAACCUAUUAAAUAGGUCCAAGUAAUUGGCAUACACGUAUACACGUCCUCCGUACGCCACACGCCUAGCAACACUGACAGAGAGCUGUCAAAAUUAACAAAAGCUCAAUACUCGCCCUGACAUUGGCAAGAAGCAGCACCAACACGAACCAGCAGCAGCAGCAGCAGUAGUAGUAGCAAAGGCGGCGCAUAGUGAAAAAAGGUCUUAUAGGGCACCGAACAGAAGAGAAGACGACGUACAGCUAUGGAAAGUCCCUGUGAGUCAGAGAGCUCACUGGAUGGUGGCACCAUGCUGCCGCCGAGUCCCGUGUCCAGAGAGCAGCUGCAAAAGCGAAUCGAAUCGCUCACACAACAAAACAAAGUUCUGAAAGCAGAGCUGGACACAUUCAAGACGAAAUGCAAAGUGGUGCAAGAGGAGAAUCGAUUUUUAAAACAGGCAUCGGUUAUAAUCCAAGCGAAAGCGGAGCAGGAAGAGGAGUAUAUAUCCAACACGUUGUUGAAGAAAAUCCAAGCGCUUAAGAAGGAAAAGGAGACACUGGCGCAUCACUAUGAGCGCGAGGAGGAGUGCCUCACAAAUGACUUAUCGCGCAAAUUGGAUCAGCUGCGUCAAGAAAAAUGCAAGCUGGAGCAAACGCUGGAGCAGGAACAAGAGUGCUUAGUCAACAAGCUAAUGCGCAAGAUUGAGAAGCUUCAAGCGGAAACAGAUAAUAAGCAAACAAAUUUAGAGCAGCUGCGACGCGAAAUGGUCGAGCUGGAGAACACACUCGAACAGGAGCAGGAGGCGUUGGUCAAUAAGUUGUGGAAGCGCAUGGAUAAACUGGAAACAGAGAAGCGCUCGCUACAAAUUAAACUUGAUCAGCCGGUCUCUGAUCCAACAACACCACGUGAUAUCACCAAUAAUGCCAACGGCGAUACCGCCACAAAUUUAAGCGCACACAUUCAGACGUUGCGCUCUGAGGUGCUACGUCUGCGUGCCAACCUCGCAACCGCCCAAAAGGAGGAAAAAUCCAUACGGGAAGAGAAUGCUAGACUUCAGCGUAAACUUAAGCAGGAGGUAGAACGACGUGAGGCCCUGUGCCGUCACCUCUCUGAAUCAGAAUCGUCUUUGGAAAUGGAUGAGGAGCGCUUCUAUAACGAAAAUAUUAUGGCUGGCAAUCCAACUGCCGUCAAUGCUCAAAGACAACGCACCAUUAGCAGCCCCGUUUCGCACAGUCCCUCAAGCAGUCGCCCACUCAGUCCAGGCACAGCCGGACAAAAUCGUUGUUAUGCCUGCGGGCAACUUGUGAAUCGUCGCGCCAGUGAACGUUUUAUAAAGCCAGCACUGCCUACGCCCAUGUUGGGGCUAAACACUUCUGCACCGAAUGUGUUGACUAGCGCAAAUCCAUUGAUGGGAACCGGACCCACUGCCAUCUAUAGCGGCACAGCUGCUCCAGGUGUUGGUCAAACGGGCAUGGCAAGUGGUUCUAUGGCUGGCUUGCUAUCAAAUUUGAGCAAUGAACGACUGAGCUUUGGUAGCGCUGGAUUGGGCCAGAGUAAUGUCGCCGCCUGCAGUGCAGGCACAUUUGUGGCCGGCGGGAUUUUGUCUUUGAAUAAUCAGUUAACGGGCACAUCCAGCAGUGCUUCGUCCUCGUCAUCCAAUUUGAUGAACAAUACGUCCAGCGGCAAUUUGAUCAACAGCAGCAGCAACUCAUCUUUAUCGGCAUUCACGCCCACCAACCAGCCAAGUGGUGCAGCCACGGCGUUUAUACAGCCGGCCAGUCCCAUGGACACUUCCGCAUGCAAGGAAUAGUUAGUUACUUAGGCUCUGCUGCCAACAUAUUUCAGACACACACACGCGCAUACAGCACACAGCUAGGCACACAAGAUAGCAACCAACCAGUUUAACGAAAGUAUAAAACAUUAAACCUUUAUAAUGUAAGCUUCUCUCUCUCUCUUUAUGGAGCGGCUCAAAGUCGCACCAUUUAUUUCUAUUUGAUAUCAAAAUCUCUUUAUAGUUAUGGCAACAAACAUAAACACUUUCAAUUAUCUAUAAUAUUCCUACGUGCUUUGGUGGCAGGAAUUACGAAUUACUUAGCGCUAAUGUCUAAGGAUGAAAUAACUUUUUACGUAUGUUUGGUUCGUCUUAACUUGAAUUGAAAAACAAAGAAAGAAAGAAAGCAAGCAAAACGCAAAAUAAAACUUCAGCAUAUGUAAUACCAAUUUCCCACUUUCCCUCGCAUGUAUGUGGGUCUACAAAUUUUUUGAAGUAUGUAUAUGUAAGUCAACAAAUAAAGUUCAACAAUU